AUGACAGUUGCGUGGGAUGAAAAGCGAUGCGGUCGAUAUUGGCCAUCGAAUGCUACUACUGGGGGGACGGCCCAACCGAAUGAGGUGAGGGCUGCUGCAAGUGACACAUAUCUUCAGCCAGGCCAGCCCGGUGCUCCAGCCGCUGGAUACCCUGGUACGUACGGGGCGAUUGCUCAGCAGACACAGCCGGCACCAGCGUCAGGCGGCUUGUACUUGCAGGCUGUAGGGCCGGGUGCACCAGCCCCUGGAUACACAGGCACAUAUGGGGCGAAUGCCCAGCAAAUAUCGACGACAGAUCCUGCCGGUGGCUUGUAUGCUCAGCCAGUUGGUCCCAGCGCAUCAGCCACUGGAUACCCUGGCCCUUACGGAGCGAAUGCUCAGCAGAACGAGACGGCACCUGCCGCAGCUGGCUUGUUUGUACAGCCAGUCGGGCAAGGCGUGCCUGCUGGUGCGUACAUCAUGCCGACCGUGUCCAGUGGCGAGCUCAACCAAGGUGGAGCCGUUGCAGGUGGAAUGUAUGCACCACCGCCCGGGACCGCCUUUCCUACACCCAUGUACGUGGGACCUGUCGGCGCAGGCGGACAACAGAUUCAGACCGCCGGAGCUGCCGCACGGCCAGGUCGGCCCGACUGGUCCUGCCAUUGGGUACUUGGGUCAGGUCGGGGCAAAUGCUCAGCAGGGUGGGAUUCAAGCUGCUGCCAGCUGGCACACCCGCAGCGCCGUCCAGGCGGGCCCAGUGGCACCCCUGAAAACCGCCCUUCGGUUAGUAAAAAACACCACAAGAGCAAAACGCCGCAGAAGAAAGCGUCAAUUACACAGCUUGACGGGCCGGCUCCUCUGGGUGCACGUGCUAGUGCCCGACCGAGCCUGACGACGGCUGCUACUGCGAGCAGUAUAUACGCGCCGCAGGCCGAGCAGACCACUACAGCGCCUCCUGGAUUCUUCGGGCCGAUUGACGCAAGGGAUCAGCAGAACGAGAUUGGAGGUGCUGCAUACGUUGGACCUGCUGGGGACAUGCCCAACGCCUACGGUCCCAUGCCACCAAUGCAAGCCGGUGACAACUCGGGCCGUCCAAUCUAUCAAAUUUUCUACAAUCCUUUUCCAUCGCGGAGACCAUCGCGGAAUGCUCCGACACCAGCUCGAAUACCACCGGGUCCCAAGCCCACCAUCAACAUCAAUAUUCCUCGCAAGGAGAACAAACGCCGCCACGUUGAAGUCAACCAGCACGACUUGGCGGUCCACUGGGCGUUCUGCAUUGCCGCCACCGCUGUGCUGAUAUUCACCGUUGUCGGCGCCUUCAUCUACCUUCUCUAUCUUUUCUCUACGCGUUAG